AAUUUGAUUCAGAAGUGCAGGAUCCUGAAAGACAAAAAGCAAACGGAGGGGGAGGGAAGAAAGGCAGAGAAAAACGGAGAGUUUUUUUUUUUUUUUUUAACUGCGAGAAGAUUUAACUCACCAAAUACUCUGCAACCUCCGACUAAAGCUGUGUGACUAUGAGCACCUCGGGGCUUCAGGCCACUAAGGGGCAGAAUGUGAAGGAGCUCGACAGCAUGAAGGAGUCCAUCAGCGACAUCAUCAACCAGCUCCAGGACAUUGACCCGACCAGGCUCUCCUUUUCCCCCUUCCUGGACCUGGACACUCAGAUCUCCUUGGCGCCGGUGUCAGACAGUCCCGAGUCCUCGGUGGAGGAGCUGCACUCAUCCUCCCACUCUGUCUCCGGCUCCCAGCGCUCCCUUGAACCACCACCAGCAACCAAUCAACCAAGGGGCUCUGCUCCCUGCCAUCAGCAGCCCGGCCACGACCUCCCAGAUGAGCCACAAGCAGAUCAGACAGAGGAGGGAGAGCUCGAUCAAACUCUUUCCAGUCCAAUCAUCACAGCGCACAAUUUGGAUGCCGCCACGGAAAACUGCAUCAGCUUUCCAACUCCAGCCUCUCAGGGAGACAUGUCUAACGGCACAGACACACCAAGACGGAGUCCAGAAUCCACCAAUCUGGACUGCACUGUGGACGAGGGUCGACCUCUGAUAGGCCCGCUGCCAGAGAGCGUGGAGCUGACUGUGUGGAGCUCAGUGGGGCGGGGAGAGACUUGCGAGGCCGCAGAGGAGGCUUCAGAUCGGGGACGAUGCUGCUGUCCUUGCUGCCAGUGUAAAUGCUGUCAGAGCAGCCGGGUUCCUGCUUUCUUCUCAGUCCUGGCUUCACUUCUGUGUGCAGCUGGGAUCCUCUAUGCACUCUAUUUCUAUGUCCCCAUUAAACCCCCCGACUGCCCCAACAUAGCCAGCCGCAUUGUUUUCACCUUCUGCUGCUCCUUGGUGGCAGCCGUCCCCAUCUUGCUUGCGAUGCUCAUGGGUGCAGCCUGCCAGUUCUGCACAGGCUCCUUCAGUCUGCAGGACUCGUCUCCCAGAAGUCAGGCGCUGCAGCAGCUGUUUGUCACGGCGUCCUUGGAACAGUUACUCCUCUACGUCCUCAAUCUUGUUGUCAUGGCCGCUUUACUGCCUCAAGAUCAGCUGAAGUUGGUGCCCAUAAUGGUUGCGAUGUUCAUCUUUGGAAGGCUUUUUUACUGGAUCAGCCUGAACACAUGCAGCUCCUGGAGAGGCUUUGGCUCCGGCCUGACUGUCUUUCCGCUUCUCGCCAUGGUGGCUCUCAAUCUGUUCCUCAUGUACACCCUGAAUCUCAAAGAGCCACUUUUUGGCUCUCAGGACUUCCUCUAUAAUCAGGUCACCCCCUCUUCCUGGUCAGGGGAGACAUCACAGAAGCCGAGUGGCAAACCAGACAUCCUACCCACAGACAUCCUGGGCGCUCAAUGAGGAGGCGAGCUGCGCUUUCUUCUUUCAGAGGAGGAGAUCUUUUCCCAAAAUAGACCAUUCCUGUGGUCUGCAAUUUAGCACAGCAACACACGCUGCCACUAUAACCUCCAAGUCUGUGAUGGCUUAACUUGUAUUUUUUCUCCUCCUAUACAGGACUUUAAAAAAAAUAGUGGAUUCAUGCAUAUUAUCUGAAAUGAAAAAGAUCUUUGCCUCCUAGUAACAGGGGAAGCCUUUGAACAAUGCUUUAGUCUUGAAACAUUUGUCCUUUUACGCUAUUCCAGUGCUAAUCUGAGUACAUAAAAGCUCUGCUAAAUGCAGUAUAUGGCGGAAUUUGGUUUGACCUAGAAAACCACAAGCAAAGCAACUGCACUUGUCAGACUUUAUUAUUAUGUUAACUUGUCCAAAAAGUUUGUACAUGAUGAAGACAGAAUAAAAGCCAUUUGUAAAAA